CCUCCCUGCGCACCGCUAGUACUCUCGCCACGCCGCCGCCCGGCACUGCAGCACCGAGGGGAGGAGGCGCAGGCGGAGGAGGGGGAGGAGGACCGCAGCGUGCAAGCCCGGAGCCACUUUCCCGCCCCUCCUUUCGUCGCUGACACGCUCGGAGGAGUCACCACUCCGCGCGCUGCAGGCGAGAGUGGCAGACGGAGGCGGCCCCAGGGAGCGAGCCCGAGCGACGCCCGCGAGGCAGCAGCUGCAGCGCUGACACCACCUAGAGCAGGGGGUCCCAGGCGGCCAGAGCGUUCUGUUUUGACCCCAAUGUGGAUGAUGCAGUCAGGGCCGAACCACUGAUCAGAAUCUGAAAAAUUCCCAUUUUCUCAGUCACCUUCGGUUGAGAUAAGAUGGAAGACUCUUACAAGGAUAGGACUUCACUGAUGAAGGGUGCCAAGGACAUUGCCCGGGAGGUGAAGAAACAAACAGUAAAGAAGGUAAAUCAAGCAGUGGACCGGGCCCAGGAUGAAUACACACAGAGGUCCUAUAGUCGGUUCCAAGAUGAGGAGGACGAUGACUAUUACCCGCCUGGAGAGACUUACGAUGGGGAGGCCAAUGAUGAUGAAGGCUCCAGUGAAGCUACAGAGGGUCAUGAUGAAGAUGAUGAAAUCUAUGAAGGAGAGUAUCAGGGCAUCCCCGGUAUGAACCAAGGGAAGGACAGCAUUGUGUCCGUGGGGCAGCCCAAAGGGGAUGUGCACAAGGACCGGCAGGAGCUGGAGUCAGAGAGGAAAGCUGAUGAGGAGGAACUAGCCCAGCAGUAUGAGCUGAUAAUCCAAGAGUGUGGUCAUGGUCGUUUCCAGUGGGCCCUAUUCUUUGUCCUGGGCAUGGCCCUUAUGGCGGAUGGUGUGGAGGUGUUUGUUGUUGGCUUCGUGUUGCCCAGUGCUGAAACAGACUUGUGCAUUCCAAAUUCAGGAUCCGGAUGGCUAGGCAGCAUAGUGUACCUUGGGAUGAUGGCAGGGGCUUUCUUCUGGGGAGGACUGGCAGACAAAGUGGGAAGAAAGCAGUCUCUUCUGAUUUGCAUGUCUAUCAAUGGAUUUUUCGCCUUCCUUUCUUCAUUUGUCCAAGGUUAUGGAUUCUUUCUCUUCUGUCGCUUACUUUCUGGAUUCGGGAUUGGAGGGGCCAUUCCCACGGUGUUCUCCUACUUCGCGGAAGUGCUGGCCCGAGAGAAGCGGGGGGAGCAUCUGAGCUGGCUGUGCAUGUUCUGGAUGAUUGGCGGCAUCUACGCCUCUGCAAUGGCCUGGGCCAUCAUCCCGCAUUACGGAUGGAGCUUCAGCAUGGGGUCAGCUUACCAGUUCCACAGUUGGCGUGUGUUCGUGAUAGUCUGCGCGCUCCCCUGUGUCUCCUCGGUGGUGGCCCUCACAUUCAUGCCUGAAAGCCCACGGUUCUUACUGGAGGUUGGAAAACAUGAUGAAGCAUGGAUGAUUCUGAAGUUAAUUCAUGACACAAACAUGAGAGCACGGGGUCAACCUGAGAAAGUCUUCUCGGUCCACAGAAUCAAAACUCCCAAACAAAUAGAUGAGCUGAUUGAAAUUGAGAGUGACACAGGGACAUGGUACAGAAGGUGUUUUGUCCGGAUCCGCACGGAACUCUAUGGAAUCUGGUUGACUUUCAUGAGAUGUUUCAACUACCCUGUCAGGGAAAAUACAAUAAAGCUUACAAUAGUUUGGUUCACCCUGUCCUUUGGGUACUAUGGAUUAUCUGUGUGGUUCCCUGAUGUCAUCAAACAUCUGCAGUCGAACAUGUUGCCCAUUGAAAAGAUCGAGAGAGAAAAAUUUUCAAAUUUCAGUGUUAACUUUACAAUGGCAAAUCAGUUGCACAUGGGAGCAGAGUACGACAAUGGCAGAUUUCUAGGGAUGAAGUUCAAAUCUGUAACUUUCAAAGACUCACUUUUUAAGGCCUGCGUCUUUGAGGAUGUGACUUCAGUCAACACCUACUUCAGGAACUGCACAUUUAUUGACACUGUUUUUGACAACACAGAUUUUGAGCCAUAUAAAUUCAUUGAUAGCGAAUUUCAAAACUGCUCAUUUUCUCACAACAAGACGGGAUGCCAGAUUACCUUCGAUGAUGACUAUAGUGCCUACUGGAUUUAUUUUGUCAACUUCCUGGGGACAUUGGCAGUGUUGCCAGGGAACAUCGUGUCUGCUCUCCUGAUGGACAGAAUCGGGCGCUUAACGAUGCUAGGUGGCUCCAUGGUUCUUUCGGGGAUCAGUUGUUUCUUCCUCUGGUUGGGCAGCAGUGAGUCCAUGAUGGUAGGCGUGCUGUGUCUGUAUAACGGAUUGACCAUCUCAGCCUGGAACUCUCUGGAUGUGGUCACUGUAGAACUGUACCCCACAGACCGCAGGGCGACAGGCUUUGGCUUCUUGAAUGCCCUGUGCAAAGCAGCGGCCGUCCUUGGAAACUUAAUAUUCGGCUCCCUGGUCAGCUUCACCAAAUCGAUCCCCAUCCUGCUGGCCUCCACUGUGCUGGUGUGUGGAGGACUGGUAGGCCUGCGCCUGCCGGACACACGAACCCAGGUCCUGAUGUAAUGGGGAACAAGCCAUCCGUAUACAGCAUCUCUUUCUUCUGCCCUGUGUCGACCCUCCGGACUGACUCAAGGCUUCAGAUUUUUUCAGAUCUCAAAAGGUGGUAAAAGAUCGGAACACUAAGUCUUACUGUGACUGAAAUGUAGAUGCGUACUGUCCUGCCCCCUUAGAUGUGAGUUUCCAGUGUUUUUCAUGCCUUCUUACCUUUCCUAACUGGGAUGCUCCCAGCUCCCAAGAAUCAGUCCGUGGAAGCAUUUUUUUUAAGUGUCCUCGUCAUCCAGGCCUCCCUAAGAUUCUGUUCACUAAAGGCUGAGGAGCCUGGGCUGCCGUAAGAAAUAGAUCCCGCUUCUGAUUUCACAUUCAUGGGAAAUGUAAGUUGGCAUAUUAUUGCAUUUGUGCUGAGGAGAGGGAUUCUUUUUUUUUUUUUUUUUUUUCCCAACAGAGUGAUAUUUCCUGUUUACUUAGAAAAGGACACCCAGCAAUUCUUGCUGUUACAGCAGGGCCUUUCAAAGAAAACCAUGUGGCACCACACGGAGCUGGGUGGAGCUCUUUGAGGCCUGACAGGGAAGGUGGCCUGCUAAAAAGAGAAAGAAAGGCUGGUGAGCAGCAAAGAUCUGAGUGAAUGACAGAAGCCAGAUUUCUGCCCCGUUCCAGUCCUGAAAAAUCUGAGGAGGGAGCCGGGCCAGAAUGUUAGAAGAUCGGAGACAGAUCUUCUGCCUCUGUUUACCACAUGCCCCGCCACCACCCUCCCCCUGCUGUCUUCUCCCCACCCUCACCCCAGCUGCCCUUGAUCUUGCCAGGGAGCAGAUUCCAAGAGAGAAAGCCACUUUCUGAGCCUUGGGUCAGCCUGCCUGACUCUGCCCUUCAUCCAAACUGUGUUCAAUCUAGAGAUGGUCAGUCAUCUCUGUUGUUGUAAAUUGCCCAGGAGGAAGAAAGUACCCCCCCCCCAACGAUUUGGAAAUGCAAAAUGCUACCUUGAGGGUACCACCCUUCGGUGCCCCCACGCCCUAGACACUGGGCUUCCUGAAGUGGGUCUUCUCCUCUAGUUUCCACUGGUCUGUGCGCUCCCCCUCCGCCGUCUGGCUCUUUGCGGAAUCCCAGCCUGCUUAGUCUGAGCAAGGGGCCCUCUGGCAGACAAGGGCAGCGUCUCUGGUGGUUUGGGGCUGCUUGCUUUACCUCUGGAAUCUGCCUGGGCCUGGAAGACAGAGGUCAGCAGGACAUUCCCAGGGGCUUGUCAGCUAUGUGACCUUCUCACCCCUCGGGCCUGCCCCUCCUCCAGGCUCAUCCUUUUUACUCAUCUUCUUUGAAAUCUGAAGCCUCCUUAUAGACUUGCAGCAGUGACCAGCAGCCAGGAAUAAAUCCCAUAUUAAAACAA